GUUCACUUCAGUGUGCUGUGUGCUGAGCGCGCGCGUUCUCCGCCGCGCGCUGGGAAAAGUUCCGGCGGCGCGGAUGAAUCCGGCACGCAGGCACUGCGGCUCCAGCCUGGCUGACGCCGGGAUGUGCAGCCGGAGCCGCGGCUCCAUCCAGACACACGCGCUACACCUCCAGUCUUACACACACACACACACACACACAGUCUGGCUGAGGCGGCCAUAGCGGGAAUAGGCUGCAGCGCUCGGAAGUUCAACAACGAACUAAAAACAGUCAGUACAAGGACAAACCCAGAUCUUUGGCUUCUCCAAGUAAACAUCCCCAUCACAGGGGAUUCACCCUCAACUUCCACUGGAUUUCGGAUGAGAGAAAACAAACUGAGGCCCUGAACUUUUCCCUCUUCAGUGGCACUAAUUACAGCCCAUCCUUCCCUAAUACCCUCAAAAGCUUUGCUGCACUUCGUGCCAAUGCACUCCACUACAUCCAUCACAUCACUGUUUUCCUUUACAAGUCCAGCCGUGAAGCGACUGUUGGGCUGGAAGCAAGGUGAUGAGGAGGAGAAAUGGGCAGAGAAGGCUGUGGACUCACUAGUGAAGAAGCUGAAGAAAAAGAAAGGGGCAAUGGAGGAGCUGGAGAAGGCACUGAGCUGUCCAGGUCAGCCGAGCAAGUGCGUGACCAUCCCGCGCUCACUGGAUGGACGGCUGCAGGUGUCGCAUCGGAAAGGCCUGCCGCAUGUCAUCUACUGCCGUGUGUGGCGCUGGCCUGAUCUACAGUCGCACCAUGAGCUUAAGGCGCUGGACUGCUGUGAAUUUCCAUUCGGCUCCAAACAAAAAGACAUCUGUGUCAAUCCCUACCACUACCGCCGUGUGGAGACACCAGUGUUGCCUCCUGUCCUGGUACCUCGCCACAGUGAGUUCAACCCUCAGCACAGUCUGCUGGCCAAAUUCCGCCAUGCCUCCCUCCACAAUGAGCCACUCAUGCCCCAGAAUGCCACUUUCCCAGACUCGUUUCCUCCACUGCCUUGCAGCUCAUUCUCCUCCUCUCCAUCCAGCUCUGUCCAGUCCCCGAGUGCACACAGCCACCCAAACUCCCCAAACAGUACUUCUGACCCUGCAAGUCCCUACCACAUCACAGAGACCCCACCACCACCCUACAGCAUGAUGGAAACCAGCCCUCCACAGGACGUGAAGCCAGGAGAGUCGUCCAACACGACUAAACUCACUCUGUCUGCUCCACACAGAGACUUAAGGCCAGUGUGUUAUGAGGAGCCGGAGCACUGGUGUUCUGUGGCUUACUAUGAACUGAACAACCGAGUUGGAGAGACCUUCCAUGCCUCAUCGCGGAGCAUUCUGGUGGACGGCUUCACGGAUCCGUCUAACAACAAGACCCGGUUCUGCUUAGGGCUGCUGUCCAACGUCAACCGCAACUCCACCAUCGAACACACCCGCCGGCACAUAGGCAAAGGUGUGCACCUGUAUUAUGUAGGGGGUGAGGUGUACGCUGAGUGCCUGAGUGACAGCAGCAUUUUCGUACAAAGCCGCAACUGCAACUACCAGCAUGGCUUCCAUGCCACCACUGUGUGCAAAAUCCCCAGCGGCUGCAGCCUCAAGAUCUUCAACAACCAGUUGUUCGCCCAGCUGCUGUCCCAGUCAGUCAACCACGGCUUUGAGGUGGUGUACGAGCUCACCAAGAUGUGCACCAUCAGGAUGAGCUUUGUCAAGGGCUGGGGUGCAGAAUACCACCGCCAGGAUGUCACGAGCACCCCCUGCUGGAUAGAGAUCCACCUGCACGGACCUCUGCAAUGGCUUGAUAAAGUUCUGACCCAAAUGGGUUCCCCACACAACCCUAUCUCAUCUGUGUCCUAACACUGAUUAUACACUCCAUAACUCACAGACAGCCUGAGGAUCAGCACCGGAGAAAGCAGUGUCCAAACCGCCAUCUCAGUUUACACUACAGGUUCAUGAUUCCAGCAGGCUUUCACAGACUAAAAGACGACUUUUAAAGCAUCUUGUGCAUUUAAUUGUUGAAGCAAGUAUUACGACUGUUUCUGUUUAGUCUGAUUUUUUUUUUUAAUCUCGAUCACUGUUCCAUAAUCUGAUUUCUGUACAGUUCAGACAGCAACACAGUGACGGUAGAUUAAGGAAAGAGAAAAGGCAAAGCAUCAGUAGUAGCAAUGUUAGCUUGAUGUUUGUUUUGUGUUGGCAACAUGACUACAUUUUGAAUCCUAUUACCUGCUUGAUUUUUCCUAUUUUUUGAAAUACAGAAUUUCCCUCUCA